AUGUCCGAUCAACCCUCAUCACGGCGCAGGGUGGCCGACGACGACCAACUCACCGACUCGGAAGAGGAGGCCUGGAUGCAGGAGCAGCUCGAGGACCUGGCCAAGCAAGAAGAGGCCGCCGAUCGUAUCCGCCGUCUCAACCAGGCAAUCGACAACGACGACCUCUACGGAGAUGAGGACGACCAAGACGACGACGACGAUGAUGAUGAUGACGACGACGACGACUACGACCCAGAAGAGGACGACGAAGACCUCCAAAGCGGCAACCUCAUCAUCGAGUUCGCCGACGAUGGAGACGACGGGGACCAGCUGAUGCUCGAGGACGAUGACGACGACGACGACGACGACGACGACGACGAAGAUGACGGCACCAUCGACAUCCAGGAGCUGCUGCGCGCCCACCUGUCCCAGAGUGCCGCCAACGCCGAUGGCGAGGCCACCAGCCGCACCGCCCGCGCCUUAAACAGCAUCGGCCUCGCCAGCCUCCAGCGCUUGCUCGUCUCCGCCGGGCGCAGACGGGGUGGGGACGAUGACGACGACGACGAAGAGGAGCGCGACUGGUACGGCAUCUCGCGCAACCACCAGAUGUCGAACUUCUGGGACCCGGUCGACGAGCCGAUCCGCGCUGGUCAGGAGCUCCUCUACGGCGGCGAAUUCGGCAAAGUGCCCCGACGGCCACCGGGUGCGCCUCCAAGUGCUUUCAAGGAGUCGGACAACCUCGUCGACCUCAUACACCGCCGCAAGCACGCGCGCCGUCGGGUGCCCAAGUCGGACAUUGGCGAGUCCUUUAUCCCGAACACCAACGGCACAGUCGUGGCAAAGUACCCGGCACGCGUCUACUGCGGGCAGUACUCGCAAGACUCGUCGUUCUUCUACACCUGCUCGCAAGACUUCAAAGUCCACGUCUACGACACGACCGUCUCCGGCCCGCGCAACGUUCAGGUCUACGACGAUGGCCCGCAGCGCAUCCGGCGCUCGUACUACUACGGCUCCUUCGGCACCACGCAGUAUACCUCGCUGAAGAUGAUCAAGAGCAUCCAGGGGCGUCAGGGCAACUGGACCAUCACCGACGCCAACCUGUCGCCCGACAAUCAGUGGAUGAUCUACUCGUCCAUCACGCCCUUUGUUCACCUCGUGCCGACGCGGCAGCACUUUUCGCCAGAGGGCGGCGGCACCUCGCACAGCGAUGACCAGGUCAUGCUCGACUUUAGCAACUCGGGCGACGACGACAUCGGGAUCUGGUCGAUCCGCUUCUCUGGCGACUCGCGCGAGAUCGUUGCAGGCGCCCACUUUGGCGACAUCUACGUCUACGACAUCGAGGCGCGGCGGCGCGUGCUCCGAGUCGAGGGCCACUCGGACGACGUCAACGGCGUCGCUUUUGCCGACUCGGCCUCGUCCAACGUGCUCAUCAGCGGCAGCGACGACUCGGAUCGGCGUUCGCUCUCCGGCGGCAAGCCUGCGGGCGUCUUCACGGGCCACACCGAGGGCAUCACGUACGUCUCGCCAAAGGGCGACGGCCGCUACUGCAUCUCCAACGGCAAGGACCAGUCGCUCAAGCUGUGGGACCUGCGCCGCAUGCACUCGUCGGCCACGUUCGAGUCGAUGGCCAAGCGCGACUACGGCCUGCGGAAUUGGGAUUACCGCAACAUGUACUACCGCCCGCCGCGCUUCCAGCAGCACCCGCAGGACUGUUCGGUCAUGACGUUCCGCGGCCACGCCGUGCUCAAGACGCUCAUCCGCUGCCACUUUUCGCCCGCCGCCACCACGGGCCAGCGCUACGUCUACAGCGGCAGCGCCGACGGCCGCAUCCACAUCUGGAACCUCGAGGGCCAGGUGGUCCAGGUGCUCGAGCGGGGCAAGGCGCGGCCCCUCUACGCCGUCAAGGACGACCGCCACAUGGGCUGGAAGCGCUACAUGGGCAUCGGCGAGGACGAGGACGGCGAUGCCAUGGACGAGGACGACGACGAGCUGGUCGACGAUGACAACGACCAGAGGGCCGCCGACCCUUCGGCCCCGGCCUACCCCUGGACGGCUCACCGUGCGCUGCGGCGGACGGGCGCGGGCGGGAUGCGCCUCCGGCCCUCGGCGGCUGGAGCAGCAGCGGCGGCGGCGGCGACGACAACGCCGCCCUCGCGGCGAGGCCGCGACGUGUCCAACGUCUGCACGGUCCGCGACGUCAGCUGGCACUCGUCGGAGCCGUCGAUGAUGAGCACGGCGUGGGACGGCCCAGAGGGGCAGAGCGGCAGCAUCGCCAAGCACGAGCUCGCCGACAGCUGGAAGCUGGGCACGCAGCUCGAAGACGAGGUUCAGCGGAGGCGGGACGAGGCCUGGGGAUAA